GUUGGUGACGAAUUUUUAUGUUUGAUCACAUUAGCUAACUGUCCAUAUAGCGGCACGGAAAAGAACUCUGGUAAAGUUGUCGACACUGAUCUUUUUUAUUUUUUACAUUUUCCAAGAUGAACAGAAUUCUUCUCAGCAUUUUCGCAGUUGGCCUGUGUUUUUCAGUUGGCCAGGCUCUGAAGUGCUACAAAUGUGACUUGGGCCUCUGGGACUUGUGCUACACCACCGAAGUCAACUGCAAUGCCGGGGAGAAUUGUUUCAGCGGUGUCGGAAAAGCAAUUAAGUUUGUGGACAUCAAGAUGAAAGGCUGCCUGAAAGUGAAUGAAUGCAACAAGACGACCACAACCGAAUUCCCUACCAGCUCCAACCACACAGUGUACGACAUAAUGAAGGCCUGCUGUGACACGGACCUGUGUAACGCUGCCCCGGGCCUGCCCCGAAUGAGCAUCCUGCCCCUGGCCCUCGCCACCCUGUCCACUGCCUUCAUGACCAAAGUCCUGGUGUAAAGAGGCGAAUCCCUCUGUGUGGCCUACACACAUACAUAUGCAGAGGUUGAUAUUACAUGUAGGUUGAUGGUUCACACACCCACACACACUCAUCAAACAUUAGCACCAAUCUGUCUGUGUGUAUGAGAACUGCAUUAAGUUUGUAUAAUUUAAGCAAAGGAGGAAACAUAUGUUAAAGUGUACCAUAUACCAGCUAAACGUUUUAAAAUUAUUUCUAUUAAAGAAUUUGAUUUGUCCUUGAUGCCUCUGGAAAUUUCUCAAUUUGUUUUAUGGCUCACUUGGAAAUGCAGUUGUUCAAACACAGAUUAGCUUAAACACAGACCCUUAUUCAGUUGCACUUAUGGAAAGCAUUGAAUUUAAACUAUUUUGUAUGGAAUGCUCACGUACAAUUGGCAAGUUUCUAUUUACAUAAUUGAGUUGAUGUCUUCAGACACUUUAGUGUGAUGGGAAUCUGUCAGUCAGCAUUAUAUAACCAAUGACUGUUCAUACUGACAAUUCAUUGAUCUUCAACAGGGAGCUCAGCUAACAGACUAUUUUCUAUCUCUGGUGUUAGUUAAGAAUGCUUAUUUCUAACCACUAUUUCAAAUUGACUUUCACUGUUAAUUCUCCCAUUAUCCAGCCCCACUUGCUGUUGGGGAGCUCUACUGAUCACUCAGUUUACAAUGAAUAAUGCAAUUGCCAUGUGACCUCAUGUUGCCCCAAUUCUUGAGCUACGUGAUGACCUAGACCAAGGGUGGGUAACACCAGUCCUCGAGGGCCUGAUUGGUGACACACUUUUUUUCCCCCACAUCCCUAGCAAACACAGCUGAUUAAUAAAAUUGAUUAGGUGAUUAUGUCACGUGUGUUAGCUGGGGCUGGGGCAAAACUGUGCCACCAAUCAGGCCCUCGAGGACUGGAAUUGCCCACCCCUGACCUAGACCAAAGGAAGGAGGGACUAAUGCUUGACUGUUCUGUCUUGCCACGUUCAAAACAACUGGGAACUCUGAGAUCUCCGACUUCAGGCAGUUCAAAACAACUGGGAACUCUGGGGGGGACUAGCUCCGACUGAGGAAAAAUCUGCCUGAACGAUCAUCCAAAUUGGAAUUCUGACUCGGGCCUCUUUCUAGAGCUCAGACUCUCUGACCCGAAGAUACUGAUGUCAUGAUUUGACCUGCUGUUUUUCAGUUGUUUUGAACAAGGCAUCUAUCUCUCUAGAAAGGGCAAACAACAAUGUGGUUCAACUUGUGUUGACUAGGAAUUGAAAUGAAUUCCUUUUUGCCUAAAGUAAUUAUUGUAUUUGUCUUGCAAGAUUAGAAUGUAUACUGAACACAAAUGUAAACGCAACAUGAAAAGUGUUGGUCCCAUGUUUCAUGAGCUGAAAUUAAAGAACCUAGAAAUGUUUCAUACACACCUUAUUUCUCUCAAAUGUUGUGCACAAAUGUGUACAUCCCUGUUAGUGAGCAUUUUUCCUUUGCCAAAAUAAUCCAUCCACCUGAGGUGUGUCAAGAAGCUGAUUACACAGGUGCACCUUGAGCUGGGGACUAAAGGCCACUAAAAUGUGCAAUUUUGUCACGCAACACAAUGCCAAAGAUGUCCCAAGUUUUGCAAUUUGCAUGCUGACUGCAGAAAUGUCCAUCAGAACUGUUGCCAGAGAAUGUAAUGUUCAUUUCUUUAGCAUAAGCCACCUCCAACAUCGUUUUAGAGAAUUUGGCUUGUUUACCAGCGGGAUUGUCUGAGACCAGCAACCCGGACAGCUGAUAACACUAAUAUUUCUGUCUGUAAUAAAACCCCCUUUGUGGGGAAAAAACUCAUUCUGAUUGGCUGGUCUUGGCUUCCAAUUGGAUAGGCCUAUGCCCAGUCAUGUGAAACCCAUAUAUUAGGGACUAAUUUAUUUAUUUCUAUUGACUGAUUUCCUUAUAUGAACUAUAAAUCCGUUUUUUUUUUAAAUAUUGAAGCAUGUUGUGUUUAUAUUUUUGUUCAGUAUUAAUAUAGAGUUAAAUAAAGCUUUUAAGUGCUA